AUGCGCGCGCCUGGGUCGAUGCUGAGACGCCGCGACACUCCGGCGCCGCCAUCUGGCCUUGGACAUACCGGGAGCGAGAGUAUGAAAUAUAGCCAAGAGUGUACAAUGUUGAGUGGCGCCGGUGUCGAUAAAACAGGAGUAGCACUAGGCUCGGAGGUGUGCGCUCCCCUGCUGCUGCUGUGCUGGCUCUGCUGCUGGCCCGACGAUCGCAGCUCGGAUUCCCAUACGCAUCGUCCCGGGGACUUUUUCGGUCGGCGAAUGGGUAGUAGUGCUAUAUCUCUACAUCUGCCCAGUACAUCAGGUCAUGCUAAAAUCCCACUGUCGGCUCACAGAAGCCACGAAGAGAUUCGCAGCCGUCGUAAAUCUCACCACGACACGACCGCCACUGAAGAAACUCGCUACCACUCCGCACCAAGCGUCAUAGAUGAAGUCAUACAUCGCCGUGACUGGGAGCGAUCCACAAAGGACCUAUACAUCCCUCUCAAUCCGCAAAACGAAUGCAAAUCUAUCAGAUCAGAUGGAACUUCUAGUCCCGACCGAGCGCCUUGCGCCGAACCGGAGUCAUCUUCGGUAGAAUGUCUAAAAUCUGAUGAAACUAAAAAAUGCAAAAAACACCACACGAACAUAAAAUCCUCAAAAGGUAAAAAAUAUAAGGAGUCUAAUAAAGAUGACAUUAAAGAUACGGAUGCCACUGAAGUUCAGAGUGAAUCGGAAACUCCUAAUUUCUACAUUGGAGAAACUAAAGAAGAAUAUCCCUUGCUGGCAGAAUCUCACGAUUUCGCCGAGUAUGAGAGGUUGGUUGAGGAGAGGAACCGAUCUAUUUACAAAGCUAAGGAAGCGAAGCAAUCAUUCAACGAAUCGAUUAAAUUGAAAGAGUGUCCGAGAGGUCCACUGGAUGCUGUAGAAGAGGGUUGGGUAUCGUGUGCCAAGUUCAAACAGGAUGACGUCAAUGAUGGCAUCGACCGCUCCGAGACAGUGGGUUACGAAGGUGGUGCGUGUUAUUUGGCUGAGGUCGGAUCGGUAUCUGAACUGAGAGAGCGCUCGGCAGUGGGAGUGCGAGGAGUACAGGAAAGCAGAGCGGGGGUUGAAAGAUCGGCAGUAGGAGCAGCUGUGGGACCAAUGCACAUGCGCGCGCGCCAUGCUAGUGAUGGAGAUAUCCUGGCACCCCUACAACGACCGGAGUCGGGAGCCUUCUCAGAGAGUGACCUGGAUAUAGACGUGGAGGCACUGUCAAGUGAGGAGCGACCGCCACCCUACCAUGAACUGCAGCUGUGUACGACACAUGAAAAAGAGACCGCUAUAUAG